AUGGGUCUCUCGGUGGAUAACGGCGGCGGCCCGGCCACCCUCACUCACAAGGUGUUCCUCCUCACCAACUACGCCCUCAUCGGCGCCGCCUCCAGCUGCGCUUUCCUCACCCUCUCCCUCCGCCUCAUCCCAUCCCUCACCGGCGCCCUCCUCGUCCUCCUCCACGCCGUCACCAUCGCCGGCGCCGCCGUCUCGUGUCGUUUCUCGUCCGAGGCGCCCGACCCAGUACUUCUGUUGGCGGAGCAAGGCACAGAACUCUUCACUCUGGAUUUGCUGCUCAGAGUUGGAUGGAUUUUUUAA